UGCCUGCAUUCCUCGCUCUCUUUCUCCCUCUCCUCAUUUUCUUGGUCCGUUUCCCCAGCCCCCCAUUCUGCUGACUUCUUACACUCCGCCAUGCUCGUUUGUUCUUGCAAUCUACCGUCGGCACCGCUCCGUAGUCCAGACCUGGGAAAAUUACGGCCCGAUGUUGUUGCUGCUGUGCGGGAUGUCGAGCUUCUCUCCCGUUAUUGCCGACGGACUCUCGGAGCGGCGUGUCGGUGCGUGCCAGCCGGUCUCCAUCCCGCAGUGCGCCGACGUGCCCUACAACCAGACCAUCAUGCCGAAUCUCCUGGGCCACAACAACCAGGAGGAGGCGGCGCUGGCGAUGCGCUCCUUCCAGCCGCUGCUGAGCUCCGGUUGCUCGGCGGAGCUCACGUUCUUCCUGUGCGCGGCGUACGCGCCGGUGUGCACCGUGCUGGAGGAGGCCGUCCCGCCGUGUCGGGGGCUGUGCGAGUCGGUGCGGCGAGGAUGCGCGGCCCGCAUAGCCGAAGGAGGCGUCCAGUGGCCGGACAGACUUCGAUGCGAGGAACUCCCCGUGGAAGGAAGCCUGUGCGUGGGCAACACCACCUAACUCGCAGAAGGACAACUUCUUUGGCUUUUCCCCUUCCGCCAUUUUAAUCUACUUUAUGACAAAUGGUUGGAAAAUGGUCUGAGGAAUAAAUAUACUCGUGUUAAACAAUUUCAAAGUAUCAAAUAAUAAAGUUCAUAAAGG